AAAGAUUUUGUAUCUUUCUGAAAAUAGGAUUAGACUAUAUAUUAUAGACGAUUAAACCGGUGAAAUUAUAAUAUAUUUGAGUUCAAAAUCUCACAGGUGAAUGGUAAUUGAAUUGAUUCGAAUUAAAAUACGACAAAUAGGAGUUUGAAUCUCGACAGAGAAAAAAAUAUUCACAGUCACAGUUUUCAAAAACACAUAUUUACAGUUUAUUUCUGAGAAUCUCUUCGCAGUUUUGCCGUUGAAAUCGCGGGAACCUUGUAUUCUCGGUGAAAUUCCAAAAUAGCCACCAAAAUUUAAAAGCUAUUUGUGAUUUUGUGAGGGUAUUUUCGGGGGUUCGGUAUCAUAAGCGUAAGUAUAUCAGGACAUUAGGGAUUGUUAUACUGCCUUUCAUCCCGCGCUCUCACUCUGACUCUCCGGCAAUCCCAAUUUCGUCUCCGGAAGUCCUGUGAGAUCGCCAGUGGUUCUGUACCUUCUUCCGGUUUAGGAGUUGAAUAAUAAAUACAAUGGCAAAAAAGCAUGAAGAUUUGGCUACCUCUGAUCAAGAUGAAUCGGGAAAUUUCUCUGAUAUCGAUGAUCAAGAGGUUGAUGGGUACCUUAAUAACAUGAAAGAGAAGUAUUACAAGAAGAUAAUAUGGGAAUAUGAGCACCAAAAGUAUCUCAAGGAGCAAGCAGCCAAGAAAGCAGCUGCUGCAGCUGCGGCAAAAUCCAGAAAGGAAAUGAAGCAGAGACGAGCUCAACAGGCAAAAAAUUCAGGACCUGCUCAAUCUGCCGCAGAGGCCGCUUGCCAAAUGGAGAAAACAAAGCAGAGACUCAGUAAAAAAAUCAAUUUCGAUUGCCUGGCAAAAUUAUUUGAAGACAAACCAGAAGAUGCGGGUAAUCCCAAGAAAGCACGAUUUGAUCUACCCUCUGAUAAUCAUGACAAAUUUCAGUCCAAGGUUGAGGACCAAAAGGAUGAUGAGCUGGGAUCAGCGGAUAAUUUUGAGGAUGGUGACCAGGAUUGGGAUAAUAAUGAAAAUAUGGAUGAUGCAUAUUUCCAUGAGGAAGAUGGUCAUAAUUAUGAUGACGAUUAUUACUGAUAAUUUGCUUGAUCCUUUUUCUUUUGCAAUUCCUAUUCAAUAUUGCUGCUGGCAGAGGAACUGAAGAUUGUUUAAGCUUUCAUCACUAGGUGGGUUUUCCUCGUCAUUUUUAUUCACAGUUCACAAGCAUGAACUUUCAGCUUGAGAGUUGUUAUAGCAGGAAAUUGUUUUGUAGGUAGAUAUUUCUUUUUGACACAUGGUAGAUAGGUAUUAUUUAGAGUUCAUCUUGGUAAAGCUAUUUAUUAUCUAGCAGAGGGACUCCAUUUGACAAAACGUGUUAAAGAUAUUGUGUUUCAUACUAAAAAGUAUUUAUUUAUCGAAAAGAAAAACUACCUUCAAUCA